AUGGAGGUAAGUGUGUAGAGCUAGAAAAUGAAGAGUCGUACCCUCCGUGCGGGAAGAGAGCGCAAGGGCGGGAGGGCGGAUAUUUAACUCGCGAUCCCCUUGCUGCAACCUGUAGCGCUCCACCUGAGGGGCGAGGGCGUAUAUAGCUGCCUCUGCCUGCAGAGUUGCUUUCUUCUGACAGGUGUGGAGAUCAGCAUAGUAGGUGGCUGUUCACACACAUACACCAAGCACAGAUUCCUGCAAAGUAGGGCUCAUAAUACUGGACUGCACUGCAGGGCUGAUGUAAGCCAGGGUCACAAAUGUGGCUCACCGCAUUUCCAGGGCUGGACUUUUAAUGCAUGCUCACGUUACGCAAAAUGCAUCUGCAUCUUGUACUUCAUUAUAAAAUGCUACUGUUUGAUGUGUUGUUUCUCCAACCAGCUUCACACUGACUGACUGACUGACUGCAGUUCUUAAAGGUAAAGGUUAAGGGACCCCUGACCAUUAGGUUCAGUCAUGACCGACUCUGGGGUUGCGGCGCUCAUCUCGCUUUAUUGGCCAAGGGAGCCGGCGUACAGCUUCUGGGUCAUGUGGCCAGCAUGACUAAGUUGCUUCUGGCGAACCAGAGCAGCGCACGGAAAUGCCAUUUACCUUCCCGCCAGAGCAGUACCUAUUUAUCUACUUGCACUUUGACGUGCUUUUGAACUGCUAGGUUGGCAGGAGCAGGGACCGAGCAACGGGAGCUCACCCCGUCACAGGGAUUUGACCUUCUGAUCGGCAAGUCCUAGGCUCUGUGGUUUAACCCACAGCGCCACCCGUGUCCCGACUGCAGUUCUUAAGCUGUUCCUAAUCCAGUCUCUAGUCAAGUUGUGAACAGUUGCAUAGGGUAAAGAGAUUUCGGCUCCAUCAACACCCGCUGCUGCGUACACAGACAGAAAUGAAUUGGAACAGCCGGUGGCAAGAGCUGUCAAACAAACCAGGGAGAAUGACAACUCCACUGUGCUCUAAGGUGGUCAUAUGAAUACACAGUUGGUACAGUCAAAACUUGGUUGUCAAACAUAAUCCGUUCCGGAAGCCCAUUUGGCUUCCGAAAUGUUCAAGAACCGAGGCAUGGCUUCCGAUUGGCUGCAGGAGCUUCCUGCACUCAAGCAGAAGCCAUGUUGGACGUUUGGCUUCCGAAAAAUGUUCGAAAACGGGAACACUUCUGAGUUUUUGGCGUUCAGGAGCCGAAACGUUCCAAAACGGAGGCGUUCAGGAGCUGAGGUUUGAUAGUACAUAAAUGUGGUAUAAAGUAGGAUAGCCAACCUUUGUCCCGUCAUAUAUUGCUGGACUACAACUCUCAUCAUCUUUGACUACUUGCCAUGUUGGCUGGGGCUGAUGGGAGUUGGGAUGCAACAACUUCAGGAGGACCACAGAUUAGCCGCCCUUGAAGGCAGCAAUUUUGGCCAUAUGCCAAUUUUAAAAACUUAUAUUUACAAUACUGAUGUUCUACGGUGUGUUGUAGCUGUGCCUGUUGUGGGUCUAUUUAAGAGAGUACUACAGUAGUUGUGUUGUUUUAUACUACUUUCAUUAUUUUUCACUUCUCAUUUCAGAUGCUGCUAGUUGAUCCAGUCUCUACUACUUGCCUUUCCCCUACAGUGCACUAUAUGGUUUGUGAAGCUGGAUUUGAGAUAAAAGCAAACCUUUCUAUUAGUAGCAUUGUGUCCGACAAAGGUGAGAUACACUGGAGAACAAUCACAGAACGCAUACAGUAUGGAGAACCAGGUAUGCGUUAAAAUGGUGUGUGGAUUGGUUAGCUAAGGUUGCAAUUCCUAAGUACAGUUUUGUGGUGUAGGCCCCAUUAGACACAGUGAAACUUACUUUUGAAUUAAACACAUGCAGAGGAUUGCACUGCAGAUCCUAGAGCUUAUCUACAUGUUUUCAGGCAAUCAUUUUGGGCUAAUUUAAUGGAAUUAAGGGUUAAUAUAACCAUAGCAAACAAAUAUGUCCUCCUUUUACACAGAUGCUGCUUUAGAAAAUAAUAAUAAUAAUAAUAAUAAUAAUACCUUUAUUGUCAAUGUACAACCUGUGUACAGUGAAAUUAACCGAGCCUCCCUCUCCCCCCACAAACACUCAAUCUCACAACACACCAACCCCAAAAGUCAGUAUUUUCCGUUCAGCAGCCUAACAGCCCACAGAUAGAAACUGUUUUUUAGCCUGUUGGUACGACUGAUUAUGCUUCUAUAUCUCCUGCCCGAGGGUAGAAGAUUAAAGAGGUGCUGGCUGGGGUGUGAAUCGUCCCUGAGAAUUUUUCUUGCUCUCCAAAGGCAACGAUUCCUUGCGAUGUCAUCUAGCGGGCUCAGGGGACAGCCCAUGAUAUCAUGUGCUGUGUUCACCACCCUCUGUAAAGACUUUCUGUCCGUGGCUGUCAAGCCAACGUACCACACUGUGAUGCAAUAUGAGAGGACAGUUUCUGUUGUGGACCGGUAGAAGGAGUUCAUCAAUUGUUGUUUAACAUUGUUCUUUUGCAAGACCCUGAGAAAAUGGAGUCUCUGUUGGGCCUUCCUAACCACCUGAGUUAUAUUAUUUUUCCAAGAGAGGUCUUCACUAAGGUAAACUCCCAGGAAUUUAAAGGAAGAGACUAAUUAUUCAGGGGAAAACUUUUAUUUUGGAUGUUCAUACUUCAUAAGAACAUGAGUUUAUUGAUGCUCUCCUUGACUAGGCACUCUUUUUUUGUUUUUCAGAUCAAACUGUGGAUUAUGUAAAAAGUGUGAGAUCUUUAGGACCUUUGUGUGAAUCUCUUCACUCACAUCUACAAUCCCUUACCAGGGAGCAAUUUGAAGACCAGUUUGUGAUCUGGUUCCAGUGGACAAACUGCUCAGAGGUAUGACAUAAGAGUCCAGAGGGCUAGAUAGAGACCCUUACCUCUCUCUUUCUGUCCCUCUUGUGUGUAUGUGCAUGGACCAACACAGCUGCCUGUAUUUUUGGACUCUCUUUUGUGGUGGUGCUUUGGUGCAGGCUUCCUCAACCUUGGCCCUCCAGAUGUUUUUGGCCUACAACUCCCAUGAUCCCUAGCUAGUCAGGGAUGAUGGGAAUUGUAGUCUCAAAACAUCUGGAGGGCCAAGGUUGAGGAAACCUGCUGUAGUGGAACUUAGUAGCUCUCCACAUGAGAUUUACAGAUAAUUUAUUUAAUUUAGAUCUUGCCCUCUUUCUCAAAGGGCAGUAAAUAACAUCUUAAAACCAUCUCAAUACAAAUACAGACUGGGAAAGAUCUUGUCUCAAAAGGUCCUUAAAAGAGGAAGGUCUUCAGUAGGUGCCAAAAACUCAACUGUGUUGGUGCCUGUUUAAUUUUCAAGGCGUGGGAACUCCAAAGGGUAGAUUAAACUAGGAUACAAAUAAUUUAUUCUUUAUGGAGUGGGAAUACUCUUUCCUUUUGUAAUACUUGAAAUGGUAAUAAAGAAAUGCUUGUGAAUUUUUGUUAUUAACCUAAACUGCAUUUGUAAGUUUACAUAGCUGUUCUGUUCUCUCGCUUUAAACGUGUUGUGCCACAUGACUACCCUUGGUUUUCCUUUCUCCCAAACGGCAGGUAUUUCUUGAAACGUUUGACGCUAUAAAGAGUCCACAUGCUACAGCCAUUGCACUGAGCUUAAUGAAGCUUACGGCAUGUUUGGAACGAGCCUUGGGUGAUGUAAGUGCUAAAAUCUUCGGCUUUGCCAAGCUUUAGGUUAAUGAGGUCUUUUUGCACUGAAAGAAACAUUGUCUCCCUUCUUUUUCUGAUAAUUUUAAGGUUGCAGGUUGAAUAUAAUUUCCAGCUGGUUUCCACAUUUAAGUGUUGUGAGAUGCUUGCUUGCAGAUGUUUACUGUGACCUUGUUCGCAUGUCACUAAACCAUAGUUGAACUAAACUGGUUUAAAUGUGAACAUGUAACCUGCUGGUACACACUGCUGAAAUCACAGAUGCUUUGCUCCUCCCUUUCUCCUGCUAUUCUGCUGGCAGCUUAGUAAUGAUAUGGCUUAACUUUACAUCUUAACUGGGGCUCAUGCUUUGUUUCUGCCCAGAGAAACCAUGAGCGAUAAGCCAAGAACAAACCUUAGCUGCUGGCAGCACAGUAAGAAGCUGCGGUUUUGUGCACAUUCACAUUUUUAAACCAUAGUUUAGUGUAACUGUGGCUUAAAGGGACAUGCAAAACAGACCUGUAGAAGUGUCUGCAGAAAGAACCAAGGAUGUCACUUGUUGCCUAUGUGAGCAGGGGAUCCUACCAUCUUGGAUAAGCAGCAAUGUGUCUGCCAGUGGUGCAUGCCAAUCACACUGUGUCUUCCUGAAGCAGGAGCUAGUGGGGCCUGGGACAUUAGCUGUCAUGAUGAGGAGGAGCAACUGUGAACCCAAGGGGUGGAGGGAAGAUGCUGGACCAGCCUCUUUCCCCCAUUCCCUCCCUUAGUACUCUGAAUAAUAAGCUAGGAUUGCUACAUUGGAAGAAAGGGGAUGUGGAUGUUAGAAUUCCUGCUCCAUGAUUGCAGUCAUGGGAUUUUUGUCUAUCACAUGAUGGUAUAUGUUUUGACUCCACAGAGUGGGAAGUGACGGAGACAGGAUGUUUGUGGUACUGUGUUCGGUGAAGUGGGACUAUUGUCCUUUGUUCUUUUUCUCAUUGCUGUCUGAUGCUAGAGAGAGAGGGAGCCAAGUUACAGUGCUCCGUGUGUGUUUAUAUGUAAAUAAAGUAGAUUAGCCAAAAUGCUGAGUUGCCGAGAUCUGUUACACAUGAUGUGCAAACUCUGUGGAUCCCUAAGUGUGCCGUGUGCCGGCAUCUGUCGCUGUGAUGUUCGGCUGAAGAAAGCUUUUGAAGCUCCCGAACGAUUGACCAGAAGGGAGAGAAUAAGCCAGUCGGGCAUGUGUCUCUGCCAGGGUCCUACUCGAGUGUAUGCUGAGCUCCUGACAGUGGUGGGGCAGAGGGAGGAGAUGUCUAGCCUCUCAUUUCCCUUCCUCCCCACACCCUUUGCUUGCCCGUGUGCAGAGCCUCCAUGAAUGGUUCUGGAAAGGGCAGCCAAAAUGAUCAAGGGGGUGGAGCAACUCCCCUAUGAGGGAAGGUUUCAGCUUUGGGGACUUACAGCAUUAGAACUCGUAGACAUCCAAUGUUGGGAUAUUCAGGACGGGCAAAAGAUAGCACAUCUUUACACAAUAGUCCAGUAGCACCUUAGAAACCAACCAAGUUAGAUCUGGGUAUAAGCUUUCGUGUGCAUGCACACUUCUUCAGAUACCAUGCAUGCACACAAAAGCUUAUACCCAGAACUAACUUAGUUGGUCUCUAAGGUGCUACUGGACUAUUUUUUAAUUUUUUAUUUUGACUGCGUCAGACCAACACGACUAUCUAUCUGAACCCACAUCUUCACCCAGUGAAUGGUUGGUCACUUUGAGAACAGGAUGCUGGACUAUUCUGAUUAUUAAAAAGUAACUCACUUAAAGGAGCCCUUCUCGUAAAUUUUAAGAGAUUAAAAUCAUCUUGCUUUUCUUUCUAUUUUCCUGUGCUAAUAGCUGUUCGUUUGUUUUUUGUUCAGAAACAUUCAUAAGUUUCGGUUCAGUCCUUUUUCUUCAUAGUGCCCUGUAAGCAAAAGCUCCUAUUGCUAAUUUUGUCAUACUCUCAGAUUGAUGGGAUGUUUUUAUUUUGUGCCGUAUUGUUAAACUCAUUCACUGGUAGUCAAGGUCUGGGCAUGUGUGUGAAAGAGUGUUCAAAAAAGAGAGACUUUUGGUUGCUUAUGGAAAAUCCCUGCAUACUUCAUCAAGAAUUUCAUUUUGAUCGACUUGUCAGCAAGCCAUGGAAAACUAAAACCUGGGAUCCCUGGUUUGUAGAUUUUGUUUUUAAUGAUUCUACUGGGUAACUAAGUAGCAUGUCUGUGGAAUAUCCUCAGCCAAGUACUGUUUAAUGGACCCUUGUCUUUAUGUAUGAUGAUGUAUUAUUGCUCCUUACCCAGUCCUGCUCUACACUACUUGUGGACUGGGCAAAGCCACCGAGCAUUAGAAUUGCAUUUUUACUAAUGAAUAAGUUCCACCAGUUUGGGUGGGACUAGUAAAUCUGUUUAGGAUUGCAUUACAUGUCCCCUCCCCGCUUUCCCAUUACUUGUCCCUUUGUCAAGAACAUCAGUCGUACGUUCUUAAUCCAUUGAUGUUCAGUAAUCUUGGACUGGUGCUAGAGAUGCUUGGGUCGGAUUCACAUCUUCUUUCCUGACAGAUAAAAUCAAGGUUUACAUAGGUUCCCUUUGUCCUUUCUCUGACCAAGUCAGGCCCUUUGGUCCAUCUAGUUCAGUAUUGUCUGUGUUGACUGGCGAUGGCUCUCCAGGAUUUUAGACCUGGGAUAUUUGCAGCCCUGCCUGGAGAUGCCAGGGACUGAUUGUUUUCCAGAGUUGCCUUAACUUGAGAUUAUUCUUUUAAACGAAAAAGAGAGAAAUGUUUUGCACAAUUUAAACAAGUAAAUUGAUUUUGCAUGUUUUGAGAAGGCAAAAUGUUUUCUCUUGUUUUGAUCUCCAGGUGUUCUUACUAAUUGGCAAAGACUGUCCUUUUCUCCUACGAGACUUGCUUGUGUCUCAGGAACUUGCCACAGUCUUUGGGCAGUCAGUGGUGAGUGUCUUGCAUGUGGUGUUUAUAUUUAUUCACAAGCUUUUAAUUUUUGUCCAUUUAAUACUCUCAGUGUCAUUGCUGCUUAAAUUACUAUGGAAUGUGAGAACUCCGGACCUUUUGACUGGUAUUGUUUCUAGGAGCCUGUGAAACUCUUCUUUUCUACUACUUUGUGCCCAGUGAAGAGGUUUUAGAGGGCAGGAGCUGUGGGUGUGCUGAAACCCAACAUCAGCACCUGACAUUUGCUAGGGCCUGCCAGGGCUGAUGCCUUGCCGUUUCCCCCACCCACCGGCCUCCACUUCAACAGUGGAGUGGCCCAACUGCAAUGAGUUGCAAGCCCAGCUUGUCACAGCAACACUGAGCAAGUAGCAAUGGUUACGCAGCGGCGGCAGUGCUAUGAUGGGCCAGAAUCCGGCUCAUUACAGCCCUGUUACUGCCAUAUAAGUCCUUAGGUGAGAGGGAGACUGGUGGUUGCCCCAUGCCUUUGUGCUCAGGUGGGAACAAAUGCAAAUUGGAGGUUGCAGUAGUGCCACCACUUGGAGGCCAAAGUGACAGCAUCUAUUUGUCUCAUUCAGCUCUAUGGGGGCGGCAUGCACACCAGCAAUAGCCUGUCAAAGGUCCUUAAAAAUCUGGAGCUGUUUGUAUGUCCGGAGCAGCCCCUCUCCUCCAAUCCAUGACACUGAUGUUAUGUCAAAGUUUGAAUCUGUUUCCUAUAUUUUGUUAAAAUUAGAUGGAUGUUCUCAGAGUGUUCGUUGGAUCUCCGGAUGGUCUCAAUCUUCGUAAUAUUCUGUGGCAUGGAUUUGCAUCACCCCAGGAAAUUCCUGUGAAGUAAGGCUGCAAGUUAUUUAUUUGUGGGUGGGAUUUUUUGUGGGGUGAGUUGUCUCUUUCUUACUGGUCAUAGCAGGAACAAAGUUGCACCGCUGGAAGAAUGCUGGAUGAGUCUGCUGUCCAGCAGAGGAUUAGUCUGCUCAUAUCCCACUGAAGAUACAAAGCACCUGAACUGAGAGCAGGAUUGCAGCCUUGCUCUUUAAGUUUCCCACACACUAUUGCUUGGGAGAUGUUUUAACAGUGUGUUUCUAGAUCAGCCUUCGCCCACCUGUGUUCUGGCUGGGGCUAAGGGAAGUUGUAGUCCAUCAACAUCUGGAGGGGCACCAGGUUGGCAAAGCCUGUUCUGGACGUUUCUAAUUUUAUUGUAUAUCCUAAUUUGCCUAGAUAUUCCUCUAUGCUGCUUUGUUUAACGGCAGGAUUGGGACAACUGCUAAAGACUUACCUCCAGCAAACUCAGUCUACUUUAGUUCAUCGACCUUACGUAUCUUUCAGCAACUUGAAAGAGCUGCACGUUUUUCCAGGUGAGCAUGUUUGUUGCAGCUCACCAUUUGUAAAGGUUUACUUGGACGUAUUAUGCUGCUUGAACAUUUUCUGUUUCUCAUAAGAAUUUUGCCCAGAUCCAGAGACUUCACUCUUUGUGAAAAACCAGGUUUAUGGGUGCAAGUUGUGUACUGGGUGUUAAGAAAUCUGUUGUAAGGAAAAUGCCAGUGUGUGCCUGACACAGUCCUGUCCAGAUUUUAAAAAAACCUCAGACAUUUAAAAAUCAUGCUGUUCUAGCAUGCAUUUUUAAGAUCUAGUGGCCAUUUAAGCUUGGGAACCAUCCAAGCCCACAGAUGUAUCUGUCUAUUUCAGUUCCUCUCAGUUUUUCAUUAUUCCAUUCUUAAGUUCAGUUCUCCAUUUCUGUUUCAGUUUGCAAAGAUUUUUUUAAAAAAAUAAAUCAUCAGCAUUUCAGUGCACUUUCCUCCUAGUAUAUACAUUUGUAAAGGCAGACUCCACUAAUAGGCUUUUUUGUAGGUUAUUUUCACUAAUAUAUAUGCAUCAUUAAUGCAGCGGUAAGGUGCCACUUCUCGUUUCUUUGCUAUGGGCCUCACUGAGCAGCAAUAUUAGAGCUCACCAUUUAACUUUGAAAUGUUUCUACAUAGUUAACCGAAGAGCUGUUAGGCUACAGAUCUUCCUCUGGUGGUUGGAGUCUAGGAAGAAAUGGUUUGUCUCCGUUUCUUCUUUUUUCACUCUUAAAUUCACUUCAGCAAAUUUCCUCUUCAUCCAAGGUCAAAUUUAACACGUCUUGUUACUGCCAUCCAAGGUGAUAAAGUUUUAUACCCCAAGUUCUUUUCUGUCGCUUGUAGAUCUUAAUCAUGAAUUGUUGUCCUUGGCUGAUGAAUUAGUAAUCAAAUCAAAUAUUGUAUUAAGAACCAUGUUGCCUUUUUGGAUUACUGCACUAUCGUCAUUUAGACAACGCAGGUAAGAAGUGUUGCAUUUUUUCCUAGUCUUCUUUUUUGAGAUAUAUAUAAAACCAGUUAAAGCACAGAUUUAUUCGGGGCUUUUUCUGGGGGGGAUGCAGGGGUACAUUUGUGAAUCUAAGUUUGGCCUCAUUGAGGGGCAGUAUUUCAAUAUGAGUAGGAAAAUGAGAGUACCCCUAAACAUUUUUUUAUUUUUUAGAAAAAAGCACUGGAUUUACUUAUAUUAGGAUCCUGGGCAUCAUCUGUUCAAUUUGCAGGCUUCGUUUGCCUGUUUGUCAUUGGUUGCCACAUUCAAGUAGCCCAAGCAACCAAAUGUGAUAUGUAAGAGCUAUGACUGCCCUACUAUAGGAACAUAGGAAUCUGCCUACUACUGAGUUCGGAGCAUUGGGCCAUCUAACUCUCUAAUGUCUACACUGCCCUGAAGCAGCUCUCACAGAUUUCCGAUGGAGAGCCCUUCUCAGUACUACCUAGAGAUGUCGGAGAACAGUCUCGGACCGCCUACCUGCGAAGCAAAUGCUAUACCAUUGAGCUUCAGUGCUAUCAUGAAAGCAGCUCUUGCUUUCCACAAAAAGGUCACAUAGGGUUCUGCACCAUCAAGGUCUUAUUUGAAAUACUUUGAUUUAAAUAUGCUCCCUUGAUAUUUAAGUCCAGUAUGCUCAUGGACAAAGCGCAGAGUCAAAGAGUUUCCCCAUUUCCUCAAGCAGCCACUUGGAUGCCCCAGGUUCUGAAGGUAAUGGGCCCUUUAUAUGUCCAGCUGUCCUUUGUCAACAACAAAUUGUCACUGUUUUUUGUGUUGAAUGUAUGCUAUAUGGUAAUUUAUGGACCUAACAGGUAUCUAAAGCUAUUUGCACAUGUUGCCAUGCAACCAGUCCAUGAAGAAUGUAAGCAUCCUAUAUAUAGAAAUGAGCAAACCAGUGAUAUUUUAGGGAGCAGGCUAGUAGGCGGGAGCCUAAACAACACAAAAUACUUUUGCUGUAUGUAGUUUUUAUUUUAUUUGAUUUUUAUCUUAUAUUUUGGAAAUGUAUAUCCAGUGGUUUUUUCCUUUAAUUUUUUUUUGGGGGGGGGCCCCAAGAGAGUGGGGCCCUAAGCUAUAGCUUGUUUAGUUUAUACGUAAAUCCAGCACUGCCCAGGCUUCUAGGCUUCUCUGAAACCAAAGGCUAUAGCAGGGUUUCCCAGUCUUUGGGGGCUGAUGAACACAUUUGGAAUUUUUUCAAGAGGAAGUCUCAAGGGUGGUCUCACUAAAUGUUUGCUAUGGGAAAAUGUGCUCCCCAAAGACUGGGGACCCUCAUAAAAUAGCUGUAGAAAUGAGUAAACACUCCUGUUCACUCACUCACUCCCCAUCCCUGUGAUUGCAUACUGAUUCCACUCCUUGUGCCUUUAUUUCAAAUAUCUGAGACAACAAUAUCCAGCCUGAAUGAGGCUUGUUAAAUUCAUAUGUUUCAGUUUUUCAUGAAAGAAGAGAAAUGUGUAGUGGAAAUCAAUCUCGCUGUAAUAUUUCUUUCAGGUAUGCAGACUGUGUUAUACUGUUACUACCUCAGCUGGAGAGUGGACUUAGGUUGCUUUUCACAAAGGUUAAUAAAUGUCCUAGCAGACUAAUGACGGCUGAGGUAAUUUUUCCUUUUUCUUUUUUUUUAAAAACCAUUUAAUUUUCAGAUUUUAAAAUUUACAAACAAUUGUCACACAACCAAAACAAAAAGAGAAUUCCAUAAAUUCCCAAGGACUUCCCUCCUCACUUUUGUGGAUCCUUACGUUAACUUUUUUUCUUCCUGCAUCUUCUCUAUUAAUUCAAUUCUGUUAAAUCUCCAUUACAACCAUAGUCCAACAUUAAACUACAAGUGUCAUUCCAGUCCUACUAAUAAUUUUAAUUGUUUACAAUGACGGCUGAGGUAAUUUCCACCCCUUGUUGGUCACUUCUAAAAAACCCCACCUCUAGUCACAUUUACCUAGAAUCUGUUAUUAACUGCUACCACAUAAUGGUCCAGUUUGAAUGUACAGUUCCCAGCUUGAUAAACCGUAGUUUGGCAGCCAGGAAUGAAGGAUGAGAUCACACACCCUGCCUAUUCCCUUCCUCAGUGCACAGAUUCUGGUUAGCUUGAACCACAGUUUCACCUUAAUAGAGGGUAAAAAUCAGCUGAGAGCUGGGAUAGUGAGCAAUUUUAUUUUGAUUUGUUCAUUAUUUAGAGUCUUGUGGAAAUUGUCUUGGAGGGGAAUAGGGGUCUCCCAACACCUCUCAUCACCCUUAACAAACUACAGCUCCCAGAAUUCUUUGGGCGAAGCUACAACUGUUUAAAGUGGUAUCAUAGCACUUUAAAUUCUUGUGUGAAUGUGGCCAGAGUAUGACUUAAUUUAAAUCAACCUGUAUUUUCCUUCCAGAAAUUAAACAGUAGUGACAUUUUUAUUUUCUCUUUUCUAGUCAUCUUCUCUUUAUACCACUUUCGAUGAGGUAAGUUGACCAUGUGGUUCAUUGGAGUACGUGACAUGAUACUAGGGAUGCAGGUGGCACUGUGGUCUAAACCACUGAGCCUCUUGAGCUUGCCAAUCAGAAGGUCGGUGGUUCGAAUCCCCGCAAUGGGGUGAGCUCCUGUUGCUCUGUCCCAGCUCCUGCCAACCUAGAAGUUCAAAAGCACACCAGUGCAAGUAGAUAAAUAGGUACUGCUGUGGCAGGAAGGUAAACAGCGUUUCUGUGCGCUCUGACACUUGUCAUGGUCUUCUGUGUGCCUGAUGUGGUUUAGUCCUGCUGGCCACAUGACCCAGAAAGCUGUCUGGACAAACACCGGCUCCCUCAGCCUGAAAGUGAGAUGAGCGCUGCAACCUUUGACUGAACUUAACUGUCCAGGGGUCCUUUACCAUUUACCUUUAGACAUGAUACUAUAGUUGGUUGGUUGAAGUAGUAAGGUUUUCUAGAAAAUGACAUUCUAAUUAUAAAAAAAAGAUUAUUUUUUUAAAUGCAGGAUGUCUUAGUUGUAAAGCUUUAUAUUAACAAAAUAGUCUGGCAGUCUUCAGUGCUUUGGGUUAUUUGACAUUUGAUUCUAUUUUUUAUAUCUAGAUGCUAGCAAAACAGUUGCAUAAUGAAGAAGCCAAUCAGCUUCCUUUAGUUCUUGGUGAAUCAGCAAUGGUAAGAUGAUGGAUUUUGGCUUAUUGAAUUUAAAAUGAAAAGCCCAUAGCUUUCUAGGCCUCAAUUGUUGACUAAUAAGUGCCAGUAGAGCUUACUUCUGAGUUGACAUUGCAUAGGACUGCACUUGUUGGUAUUUUGUAAUAAGGCAACUCACACUUCCAACACAGCUGGGCUAUCUUGGGUGAGCACAAUGUUAAUUUUUAUAAUGUUAAUUCAGUAUUAUGUUAAUUCAUGCAGUGCUAAGGUAUAAGUAACUCUUUAAAUACUGUAGGACUCAAGUACCUAAACUUAUAUUCUCUAUGAAGUAAGCAGUUCAGUGCUGAAUAUUUGCAGCAUGGAUAAAAUUAUAAGAUCAUUAGAAUGCUUUAGUAUGGAAAAACGUUAAAUGGUGAUAAUGAAGUCAGCAAUGCUGACAGGGAUGUCACCUUUGCUGGUUUUGAAACUAUUCAACAGGGAUUUUGUAUGUUGCAUCCUAAUAGUGAAAGGGAUUAAUGUUGUAUAAGAGACUAUUUUCCAUUUGCAGAUCUGCAAACAAGUUGCCAUGUGCUCUGGCAGCUCUAAGCAAUUGAACAAUGAGAAAUAAUGACUUCUCAAAAGAGCAGAUUUUCAUAAUCAUCUAUAGCAGAAACUUAACUUCCAGUAGGAUUUUGCUCUUGUAGACGGAAAGCAAACAAAUGUUUGCUCUGGUUUUAUUUCCACCCUCUCUGGAUUGGAUCUAGAAACGCUUUUCUACAUAUCAAAGGCACCUUGCCUGCAUAGAAGGGCCUUUUCUUUUCUUUUUACAUUUCACACUACUUGUCUUGUUUUUUGUAGGAAUUUUUUUGGGAUUUCUUGAACCACCAAGAAGGCCCACGUGUCAGAGAUCAUCUGAGUCAUGGAGAGAGCAGCUUGAAUGUCUUCCCGAGAGAAAUAGCCAAUUCGAUUCUUGCAUUUUCUAUUACCCUCCUGUGCAGAUUUUCCAAAGGUGACAUAGCUGCAGUCAAGGUAGGGGCCAAUUUUGGUGCAGCAAGACUUAUGUGAAACCGAUGUUUCCUUAUACCCAAAAUCUGGAAAGAUCUGGAUUUGAAGACUUAUCUUAUCCAACUAUCAUAUGACUUACAGGCACUUCUUUUAUGGGCAGAGUGAGCAGGAUCCAAAGUGCCAUGCAUGGUUCCACUUUUUACGAGUCUGUCACAUUCCCUAAAAAGUUACUUCGGAAGGUCUGGAAACCCUCCUGAGUAGAAUCUGAUUUUGUAUGAGGAGCUAUUUCCAGAAGAGAAACUCGGCAAUCACUCUGUGUCCCUAAACCAGGCUUCCUCAAACUCGGCCCUCCAGAUGUUUUGAGACUACAAUUCCCAUCAUCCCUGACCACUUGUUCCUCUAGCUAGGGAUCAUGGGAGUUGUAGGCCAAAAACAUUUGGAGGGCCGAGUUUGAGGAAGCCUUCCCUAAAGAAAUGCCUUGGGAUACAUGCAUGGGCCUCUUUGGAUUGUGGCCAGUGAGCUACAGCUGUAGUAUAGACCAACUUUCCCGAACCUGGUGCCAUCCACAUAUUUUGGUCUACAGCUGCUACCAUUUGAGACCAGUGGCCUGAUGGGAACUGUAGUCCAAAAAAUCUGGAGGGCAGCAAAUUGAGGAAGACCAUACUGUAGAUAUAUUACAUUAUGUAAGCUAUCUUAACAUUGGAAAGAUAGGAGCCAUCCCUGUUCUGCUGUCCUAAUAUUUCUGUCAAAUGGUUUUUAUUUCUUUUAUUCUUUAGCAUGCAGGGUUUUUCAGCUUGCUCUUCAUCCAUUCAUUCUGGCUUAUAUUACUAGAUCUGUAAAUACUGAAACAGAUCUACGAUCAAAAUGGGCCUGGGAUAUGGGAUCUUUAACCCUUUUCACUCAUGCUGCCCCUCCCCAAGCUAUUAGCCCUUCCGCAGCAAAAACAAAGGAUGAUUUAGAUUGGGGAAAAUGGAGGGAAAGGGUUAACUAUUCCCAACAGCCUUGGUCUGCCCAAAAUCUGAACCCACCCAUACCUACUUGAAAAGUUAUUUCAAAAGCAAACAAGGGAGAUCCAGUCACAGAUGCAUUAUGCCCAUUUUUGUUCCAAACAUGGUUGAUCCACAGGAAGGAGUAGUUUCGUGUUGGAAACCGCUCAUCCGCAUGUGUAGGUUUCAUCAGAAUCCAGGGCAGUGCAUAGUAGUUGAUACCUUUAUUUUCUUAUAUAUUUUUGUAUAUAAAGCAUCCUAGGUUGGAUCCAGACUUGCUCCCUCUGACAGGAAAGGUUCCUGUAUCCAUGGAGAGAACUGGGAUCUAGCAAAGGCUUCUCACUGGAGGAAGAGGAGCAGUUUUCACUGAUUCUUGACACCGCCUUCCAUGCUUUUCAGGGGUACAGGGGUCUGCAGGGGAAAGGAGGAAUCAACAAAGGUCACUUCUCACCCCUCAUUUCCUCCAGCAAAAGGAGAACUCCAGUGAGCACAAGUCUGGAUCCAACUUCAUCCAAUACCUUAACAUUGUUAAGUACAGUACAAUUAGCUUCAGUGGAAUUGAUUGCAGUACUAUCUACAAGAAAAUAAUUCAAAAUAUAUUUACAUUUUAACCAUGAAUUUUAAUUUAUUUUCAAACCAGGAACGCUCAUUCCUAAAACCACUUAUGAGCUGUGCAGAUUGCUAUUGUUCCCAAUUUCAUCCAAUAGCCCAACUUAAGAAGCAGGUACAUUGCCUUUAUCAUCAUCUUUGUUGUUCAGUAGUGAGUUAAUCUCUCUUGAGCUUUUAAAUAGUCACAUCCACACCAUGCAAUUAAAGCACAUUGCUUCCCCCAGUCCUGGGGAUUGGAGUACAGUUCCAGAUUUGGGGGGGGGGGGGGAGAUGCACUUUCAACCGUCCUGUCAAAGUUAGUAGGAAACUCAAACAUGUGCAUACAGAAGAGGUUUGUGUGCUAAAUCACUGUUUGACAACACCAAAAGAGCCCAGUUGAAAGUUAUAGACUGUCAGAGAAGUUUAAUCAGGAAUGGAUUCAUAGCACAUGUGACUUCAGGUUAGUAAGGUCUGCUAAAAAGUCAAUGGCAAAUAAAAGCUUUGGGCUGAAUUCUAAGAACCAAAGCUCUCAGAAUGAGUCUUUCUGAUCUCAUCAUACUGUAUGCCUCAACAUUACCUAAAAAGCCAGUCCUGAAGAUCAGGGGACCUUUUGCGGAGAUGUGGGAUAUGGGGGCGGGGGGCAGGAGCAAUGAAAACUGUAGCCUUUGGGCUAACAGGCCUGCAAAUUUCAUCUACUUCUGUCAGAAGGGAGGGGAAUUGUUUAUAGAUCUCUUUUUCACUUUCUAGGUACUGAAGUGCAUAAAAAGCAUUCAUUCAUGGUCUGUUCUUCCUAUAAUGCCUGAAGAGCAAGUUCAAGAAAUUGGAGGGUAAUGCCUGUUUCUCCUGUUCCUUUUUGUGGUUAGAGGUGUAUGUUGGGGUGUCAGAUGAGAAAUUUCUAAGUCUACGCUUUCUUGCAAACCCUUCUUCCUAUUUACAUAAUUCUAGACUGCUGUACAAGGAUUAAAAUGUGGAGGUAACUGAUGAGCAAGACAUUUGGUUAGUUUGAAUAUAUGUAUGCGUUUAGGUUGUCUGUCCCAUCUUAUCUUGAGGGCUCAUGGCAGGUCACUGUGAAAGCAAGUGAUUGUAUCAACAGACAAUGCAUCCAAACAUUUAGAACCUUUGGGGCUCCCAACCUGUCAUGCUGAAAGAGACCCCCAUCUCCUUAUGGUAGGGAAAUGUUGGGUGCGUUAAAGCAGCAAGACUGUGUAACCUUUUUUAAAAAAAACACAAAACAAACUAGGCCACCACCUCAGUCAGCAUCACAGUCUAGGAUUUCAUCAUCUUAGAAUUUGGGAGAUAACCAAGGAUAACACACCCAAGAAUAUAUUGGUUGAUUUGAGGUCACGCAAAAAUAGAAUUACUAAUUAUUCGAUAGCUCUUUUUGUUCUAAGUAACACAUAUUUGAAGGCUCAAAUAAGAUUCUGAGAGCAAUCAUUAAUAUCUUGGUUUUCUUUUGUUUUUAAGGUCAGGAAAAGAUACUGA